UCUGUUCGCGUACGCGCUUCCAAGCAAUGGCUCCACAGAGACUGGGACAUUAGUGAGGCAGAGACCAGGGCCCUUGGCCGCUGGGGAGCGUUGGGCACGGAAGUACGGAACCCAGAGGACAUGAAUCUCGACGUUUCAUAUCCAGCGAGCAUUGCGAGUGACCACAGGGCGGUCGCAGUCAUAAAUGAUGGUCAAAUAGAUCGCCUCUCUUCUGCUAAGAGGCACAUAUUCUGCGAUGGUAGCAGAAUCGGAGGGUCGGGUCUGACGGGACGUAUCGGAUCGGGUGUUGUCGAGCUGGCGCCGUCCAACAAAGACGCUGCUGUAGUAUGGUUCUCGUAUACGAGGUUACCAGAUUACGCCACCGUGAUGCAAGGCGAGCUUCGAGGGAUCGAAGCUGCGGCCGAUCGGCUGACUUCUACUCGGAAUAAUCCCUUAAAGCAGGCAGUUAUUUACAGUGAUAGUCAGGCCGCCAUCCGGGCAGUGGUUGGCCGAGGUAAGCUCGAGAGUACAUCAGUGAGGAACGCCCGCAGGGCGGUUGAACGUGCUGCUGCGUCAUGCGAUCUAGUAGUUCAGUGGACAAGAGCUCAUGCGGGUAUCAGUGGCAAUGAAAUCGCGGACACCCUGGCGAGAUUGGGCGGAAAGAGAAAGGAUAUAACAAACGUUGGCAUUCCUGA